UGGUCAUUUUCUGCAGGGUUUUAUGGUAAAGUUUGCUGCGGCACCGCUUUGACGCAGCUUUGGCCUCCUCGGCCACUAAAAGCCGGAAGUAUCUGAGUUUAACUGCGCCGUGAGGAGCCGCGACUCCGCUCUGCUGAAGCUCCAGGCAGACUGAAUGAACCGUGCCACGGCUGCACUUCAUCCCGGGUCCAGUCCUCUGAAGUCGGCCAUGCCUUCAGACAGCCGGGCUGCGGAGGAGGCACCGCAGACCUCCGGACACCGGGUCUCGGCAGCAGGUGAUGGCUCGUCGUGCUGAAAUGUGAGCAGGUCCGCCUCCCCUCCUCUUCCUGUGUGAACCUCCCUCCCCUGCGGGUUCCAUUGGACACGUAGUCGAUAGACGUCCGUCCGCAGGCAUGUCCCGCUCCGCUCGGCGGUACAAGCCCCUGCAGCAGGGCAGCGCCCCCUUCCCCGGCUGCGACCGGGUGCGGAUGCCCCGGGCCCGGGUGCUGCUGCUGUGCCUCCUCGGCGUGCUGGUGCUGGCCGUGGUUCUGGGGGUCUACCUGUCCAACGACCUCACCGGCAGACCCGUGAGCCGCAUGCCCGACGCAGACCUGACCAGAGACCGGUUGUCCCACAAACCCAGUAAAUGCUCUCCGGCGCAGAUCCGCCGUCUGGCCUCGCAGGUGGACGGCACUCGCCUGUGGGAGACUCACCUGCGGCCCAUCCUCAUCGAGAGGCUCCCAGGGACUCAAGGCAGCCUGGCUGUACAGCAGCACAUCACCUCCACUCUGUCCUCGCUGUCUGCCGGCUGGUCCGUAGACCUGGACUCCUUCCAGAACCCGACCCCCCGUGGCCAGGUCACCUUCACCAACAUCAUCGCCACUCUGGACCCCUCAGCUCCCCGGAGGCUGCUGCUGGCCUGUCACUACGACUCCAAGGUCCUGCCCCCGGACCCGCGGGCCCCCGAGAGGGUUUUCCUUGGAGCCAGUGACUCUGCAGUGCCCUGUGCGAUGAUCCUGGAGCUGGCCACCGCUCUGGACGCUCAGCUCAGGUCAUUCAAACCGCAGAGACUUCCAGUCACUCUCCAGCUCGUGUUUUUCGACGGCGAGGAGUCCUUCGAGGAAUGGACCGCCACCGAUUCGCUGUACGGCUCUCGCCACCUGGCCGAGCGGAUGUCCAACACGCCGCACCCCGCGGCGUCGCACGCCACUUUGCUCCACGCCGUGGACCUCUUUGUGCUGCUUGACCUGCUCGGCGGCCCCGAUCCCCUGAUUGCAAAUCACUUCGACAACACAGCGCGCUGGUUCGACCGGCUGAUUGCUGCAGAGAAGAGACUCCAUCGACAGGGCCUCCUGACCUCUCACCCCUCGGAACAGACGUAUUUCAGGAAGGACGUGUACCUGGGGCCCGUGCAGGACGACCACAUCCCCUUCCUUCACAAAGGCGUUCCCGUCCUGCACGUCAUCGCCACUCCCUUCCCUCAGUUCUGGCACACACUGGACGACACAGAGGAGAACAUGCACCGGCCCACCGUGGAGAACCUGACCAAGAUCCUGGCCGUGUUUUUGGCUGAAUAUCUGGGCUUUUGAACCAACGACAGCAGCUUUUUUUUUAGAGAUGAUCU